AUGUAUUUGACUGAAUACGAAUGGUACUACAUGCCUAGCAGCGUGCAUAAAAUAUUGAUGCAUGGGUAUGGGGUUAUUGAGUAUUUCGAUCUACCAAUUGGCAAUUUUUCAGAGGAAGCUCUGGAAGCUUUACAUAAACACAUACGUAUCGUACGAUAUGAUCAUACACAGCACACCUGCAAUGAUUUCACCUGUGCAGCGCGUGAAUUUUGCAUAAGUCCGGAUUUACUCUGCGAUGGCAUUAAUCAUUGCGGUGACAAUUCUGAUGAAUCGGUGUGCCAAAGCGAAACAGCUGCCACAGUUUUCGGGGUAGAUAUGACUUGGUUUGUGUUGAUCGUGGUCGGUAUCGUACUGGUUUUGAGCGCCGUAAUCGUAGGUAUUUCGAUAUGCGUUUGCCGACGACAGGAUGAAGCGAACCUCAACCAAAAUACAGCAAUACAAAUGCAUCAUACCGCCGAAACAAAUGGCUCGUCGAAGCAUCUGCACUAUCAUCAUGGCGGCACAUUGUCGCGUGAACACACACAACUGCCACCGACGUCGGGAAACUGGCAUCACCCUGCGGGACCAUACGGGUACCACAGCAUUCUACGCAACUUAUCGAAGAUGGCCACCAAAGUCCGUCCCAUCUGGUGCUUAGCAAAUUCCGUCAAUUAG